AUGAUCGCUGGAUACACCCUUGUCGGUUGCUUUGCAGCUCUGUCUGCUGUUGCUCAUGCACAGGAGGAGGUACCGCAAGAAGUUUCCAUCUUCGACCUUGUCAACACACCGUUUACUUUCACCGACUGUGCUGCCCCUUCGGAGAUGCAGACAUGUUGGGAAUCACAAAACUUCACCAAUGAAUAUCUGGAUCCGUUCUGCCUGGGCACGGAGGAAAGAAUCAAAUGUGCUCUCACGAGCUGCUGGAAUAGGGUCUACUCUUGCGAUUAUCAACAACUGUUGAUGACUUACAAUACCUCUUGCAGUGAUGCCUUUGACGAAGGCGUCGUCUUGGACUUGCCAUUCUACCCUCCCCCUGCUAAAGCCGCUGGAGAAUGCAGCUGUAACAUCAACGCUCUUGUCACCAGUCUCGAGAAAAGUGGUACAGAUGGCUAUAUCCAAUGCAUGGAAGAAAUCCAAAAGGAACGUGGUGAAACAGACGACGAGGAAGAGCAACCCACCCCUGAUUGCGAUUGCUGUUUCUACGGCAUCGCUGCUGCCACCACCUACGACACUUGCCCAGACGCAGAUCCUGGCCCAAUUGUAUUGAACGCACUUCAGCAACAGUACAUCGAUUCCACUCGUAGAGGCAACAACAACAGUCUUUCGCAAUGUGCUUCUCGUCUUGCAAACUUCAAUUGCGUCGACUAUGGAUUCACCGAAUAUGCAAAUAAUGCUUCUGACUAUGCAAGACUUACACCGCUUCACUCUGCUACUGGUACUUUUAGCGAUGUCAAUGGUGUUCUUACUAGCCCUGUCAGUGGCGCUACAUAUACCUGGACUGCUUGGAACAUGACAUAUACCAUUACCGCUGCUUCGGUCGAAGCAGUGGCUACGAGAACUGCUAGUGCGACUGGCAAGAUCAGUGGUAGUGUCACUGGAAGUGUGACUGGUACUGCCAUCGGCGCACCUUCCACAAACACUGGAGCUGCCGCCCCUACACUCAUCGCUGUACAGUAUCCCGCAGCAGCUCUGAUGGGACUUUCUGGUCUUGCGCUUGCUCUAUUGUAA